CUCGUGCUCAAUGCCGAUUAUCAACCACUAACGUAUCUGCCGCUCUCCCUCUGGAGUUGGCAAGAUGCCGUCAAGGCUAUCUUUUCUGGGAAAGUCACCGUCGUGGACGUCUACCCGGACGUUACCAUCCGUGCUGCAUCCUUGGAACUCCCCUUGCCAUCCGUCAUUGCCCUCAACGAGUACGUCCCCACCUACCAAUCCCGCCCCGCCUUUACCAAACGCAACGUAUUUCUACGUGACGAGUACCGCUGUCAGUACUGCGCGGACCAGUUCCACACCCGCGAUUUGUCCCUCGAUCACGUCGUCCCAAGGUGUCGGGGUGGUCGCUUGACCUGGGACAACGCCGUCACCAGUUGUCGACACUGUAACGGACGCAAGGGGUCCCUGGACGUUACCCAGCUCGGCCGGGUCGGGAUGCGCCUUCAACGAUCCCCG